AGUGAAACGGGAAGGCGCUUGCCAGUCGAGCGCGAACUGUCGCAGAGUGAACAUUGUCAGUUGCCGCGUGUGUGCUUGGUGAGUGUUGUGUGCGCGCGUAUUCGAAAGUAGCCAAAGUAAAGAAAGUAAGUAGCAAAGUCGCGUUGUGUGCCAUGUGCGACGGUAAACUUGGUUGACUGACGCGACUGCGACCCAGGUGAGAUGGAGUCGCGACGCGACUGGAGCGUCCUGCUGUGUGGUCUGUGCCUUCUGAGCAUGGCCUCCAGCGUUUAUUUCUGCUACAAAGAGUUUCUGCUGGAGAACAGAAUGGCUGUGCUGGAAGCUAGACUCCAGCAAAUCAUGGACCAACAGUCUGGUGGUGGUGGUGGUCCGGCGAUAGUAAUCGCCAGCGAUGCCACCCGACAAAAGCGAGAUGUUCUGCUACAGACUGAUCGCCGACUGCCCAGGGAAGCUGGAGACUGCAAUUGUCCACCAGGACCCCCUGGCCCCCCCGGUAAGAGGGGAAAACGAGGGAAGAAAGGAGAUCCAGGAGAAACGGGUCCUGUGGGACCGAUGGGACCUCCGGGCAAAAAUGGAUUCCCGGGAGUUAAAGGACCUAAGGGAGAUAGGGGUUAUAUGGGACCAAUAGGGUUGGACGGACCUAAGGGAGAUCCUGGUAGACCGGGCGAUAAAGGACAGAAAGGUGAACUUGGAAGUCCUGGCUUCGAUGUUUAUGCAGCUGUUAAGGGUCUUAAGCGUUCAGUAACCACACUGAGAGGUGGUACGUUGGGCUACGCUGAAAUAGUAGCCGUGAAGGGAGAACCAGGAGAGCCAGGACCCCCCGGUCCCCCCGGCCCCCAAGGACCCGAAGGACUUCCAGGACACGACGGUCGGCAAGGAAUUCCAGGAGAACCGGGAGCAGUGGGAGAGAAAGGACCUCCGGGUCCAGCAGGUCCUGUGGGGCCUCCAGGAGAGCCAGGAACGGCGGGAGUCAAGGGCGAUAGAGGCUACAUGGGUCGACCUGGUUAUCCAGGAAUUCCAGGAAUACGAGGAUCACCUGGUGACAAGGGCGAUAAAGGCGAGCGAGGCUUAACGACGACAUUAAAGGGAGAUCAGUUCCCCACAGGCAUCAUCGAAGGUCCACCUGGGCCCCCAGGACCUCCAGGCGAUCGAGGUGAGCAAGGGCUGAGAGGUCCCCCUGGAGGCAAUGGCGUGCCUGGAGUGGCAGGGCCUCAAGGACCUCCUGGAUUACCGGGUCAUUCGGGUCCAAAAGGAGAGAAAGGAGACUAUGGCGAUAUUGGACCGCCAGGCUUGAUGGGUCCUCCGGGUUUACCUGGACCUCCUGGCUACCCAGGACAGAAAGGGGAGAAAGGAGACAAGGGAGAAUCGAAAUACAAGAAACUCAGAAGACGACAGGGAGAUGGAACGUUUGAGGGAUUCAAGGGAGAGGCAAUAGUGGGUCCUCCCGGUCCACCAGGGCCCCCAGGAUCGGCGGGAUUACAAGGACCCCCUGGAAUUAAAGGAGACAGGGGGAUGGACGGUGCCAAAGGGGAGCCUGGUGAGAAAGGAUCGAAAGGAGACCCAGGGCCCAUGGGAUUACCUGGUCCAAUGGGUCUGAGGGGGGAGGCUGGAAGGCCUGGAGACUUUGGCAAACCGGGACAGACGGGACCUCCUGGAUUGGAUGGAAUGAAGGGUGGUCAAGGAGAACCUGGGAUGAAAGGAGAAAGAGGAGACCCUGGACUCCCAGGCACAGACGGGAUUCCAGGUACAGAGGGUCCAAAAGGUGAAAAGGGAUUGAAAGGUGAACCUGGACCAAUCGGCAAACGAGGCAGAAAAGGGGACAAGGGAGACAAGGGGGAGCAGGGGGUCCCCGGCCUGGACGCCCCCUGUCCCAUUGGACCUGACGGCCUCCCCCUCCCAGGAUGUGGAUGGAGACCUCCCAAGGAGCUUUCUGAGCAUAGCACGACGACCACCUUGUCACCGGUCACCCCGGACGACUAUGACGAGGGGGGUGAUGAAGAGUAUGAGGACGAUUACACAAAUAACAAUUACCAAAGCUGAGACAGAACCCAGUGGUCAGGUGACUGAAUGUACAGGAUACAACGGAGUGCGUGGAAACAGUAUUUGUAAGUGUAUGACUGAGUGAAAUGAUGUGAUAUCUGCAUGAAUAGUGCACAGAGUCAACUCCCGACGUGACAGACAGCAGUGGGUGAUAUUAUGGGACAUCCGAACCCAAAACAACGUCCUCAGAGCGUGACAUGACCCCAAGUCUACUACUGUACAUAGGCUGACAGUGUAUCACGAACAAUAAUAAGAGAUACAGUACAAUUACUUGGUAAUAAUUAAUUUUUAAGCCUUCUUUCAACCAACUGACAAAUUUUGUUAAACGAAAUGCUAUGUAGUUUCCGAUUACAAUAUUUGUAGAUACUAACUUAUUGGUUGUUUCUAUGUCUGAGUUUUUUUUAUAAAUGUUCUCAAGUUUAUGAAAGUUACCGGAUUUGAGUUUUGUUUAAGAAUAGUGCUUCUUGAAGGGUGAACAUUGACUUGAAAUCAAUGUUUAUAUAAAAAAUAAUUUACAUCUGUAGGGUAGACUUUACAUCUGCUCAUAAUGCAAAGAAAUAGGAGAAUCCCCGUUUAUUGGGCGUAUUCAGGACUUGGUCUCUCUGUCAUUCAACUUGAUGGAAAACAAGAAAUCCAAGAAAAAACUGUGUAAAAUUUCCAUCAGAAUAGAAAUUAUUCAUCACAUGAAGUAACAUGAUUUAUGAUGAAUGACCAUCUUGAAUCCUCUAGAGUCUAGAGAGAUACAGAUCCAUCGAAUCCAUGUAGAGCCUCCUGUAACUCAGUAGUUGUGAAAAAAUGGACAGUCUAUACAUUUGAAAUAGGAUAGCUAUGAAUUUUCAAAUCUGAUACCAUUCACAAUGGAUUAUUUCAAUCUCAAAUUAUUACUGAAGUAUUUAGUAUUUUAGUAUACUAAAUUGUACAUUUUCUAGAUAAUGCUUGUUUUCCUUGUAAUUGAGAAUUAGAGAACUCUUGAAAUGAAAUAAGAGUUGAAAUGUGUACCACAUUUCGUUUUUCUAUGAUCCUUCAUAAUUACUAGCAAGUA